AUGAAUCGAGUUGGCCUGACUAAAAAGGCUAAUCUUUUAUCAAAUUCCCUGUUGGAGAUUCCACAAUAUAAUUUGCAAAAUAAUGUUUCCGAAGAUGAUUUGUAUAAAUAUGCUAAUGUUGAUAGCGAAUUGGAAGUUCCAGAGCCGAUAUAUAGCUCAGUGUCGAGGGAAUCUUAUGGACAGCUAGAUGCGCCAUUGAAGCAGCACGAAACUCGCUCAUCCUUUUCAUAUUCAGAGAAUAGUAUGACAGACGACGAAAAGAAGUACAAACGAUCUUCAUUGGUCUUUUUGGCGAUUUCUAUAGUGUCAGCUAUUCUUAUUUUGGCAUUUGAGUCGUAUAUGUAUGCCAUUAUUAAUAUCCAUAAGCAGCAGAUCGAUCGGCCUGCCAAAUACAUCGAGAUAUCUAUAUAUCUAUCAUUUUUCAUCUUCGCAGCCAUAUACCAAGUUGGGUUGACCGCAAUCGGUUUGAGGAGCAAAAACAUGUUGUUGUUGACCAUGUUGUGUGGAUUCUAUGGAUGUAUGUUGAUAUACACAGGGAUUCAGUACGCUGAAAUUUCCGAGACGGUUGGCCAAGUGCUAGAAAGAGGGCGGAAACGGGCGACACAGGCAAUGAAUAUAGCCACUAUCACUGUUAUCGGUGUUACAUUGGUUUUGCAAGCUUAUAUGAUAUUUGUGGUGUUAAGAAAAAACGUGAAGUGGUUUAGAUAUAAGAAAAUUGGUGCUGACUUAAAAAUCAAGAAAAUGUACACUAUAUUCCAAAUUCACAGAUCGCUAUUAAUAUUCAACUUCUUCUUCUUUUUGGGAUUCACGGUGCAGUUUAUUGUAAUUAUGAUCAAAGAAAAGAGCUCGGUGGAAUUCAUAUUAACCGUUUGUGUGCUACCAUUAACUUUGAUCUUAUUAUUUCUUAGUGAUUUCGCAGCUACAAGAGAAUCAAUAAUAUUAACAGCCGCUAGUAUUAUAGCAUACAUAGGCGGGUGUGUUUAUGUAUUGUUCAAAACAAUACGAUUAUUCACAAAGUAUUCUUCUGCAUACCGAAUAGCAAUCAGGCCCGGUGAUUAUUUUCCUGGCAGAUCAUCUUUGGUCACAUUUGGUGUUAUCACUCUAGUAUUGUUAUUUGCCACCAUCGUCAUAGAAAUUGUAUUACUUAAAAACUACGGUAGAGGGUUACUUCCGAUAGUAAAUUCUACCUACAGAUGGUUGCCCGGGCAUAACAGGAACAUUCACAAUGACAGCUACGAUGUACAUGUAAAUGAUAUUAAUUUGGACACAACAGAAAAGAAAACGGAAUAUAACGGAAAAUUGUUUCAAGAUCUUGCAUCGAAUGACGAUGGGUCUCUACUUAUUGAUUAG